CGUUUUACUUGUUUUUGCAGCCUAACACGGUAUUCAGACGACUAUUUGAAUGGAACAUACGUCAGGGACAUAUAGAAAUGUACUGGAGCUUUGGUCUGAAAAAAAAUCUCGUCAGGAAUAAUAUUUUUUGAGCUAACAGUGUGGAUUUUAAACGUGGACCACUGCGUAUGACUUUACGACCGAAACGCCCUUAACCCUUGUGCUUAUUCUGGACUAACCCGUGGAGAGGGUUACUAGUAUUUGACCUUGAUCGCCAUGUCGGGCCUGUUAGCACGAACCCUGUUCUACCCGACACUGCUGUAUAACGUCGCCAUGGAGAAGGUGACGUCACGCAGAUGGUACGACAGGAUAGACGCCACCGUACUGCUGGGGGCACUGCCCUUCCGGUCAAUGACACAUACGCUGGUGCAACAAGAAGGUGUGAAGGCUGUGGUGACCAUGAACGAAGAUUUUGAACUCAAACGCUUUACAAACUCAAUGGAGGAGUGGUCACAUACAGGUGUUGAGCAGCUCAGGCUCAGUACCAUAGACCUGACUGGCGUGCCGACCCAUGAGCACUUGAAGCUGGGAGUUCUGUUCUUACUGAGACAUCGGGAACAGGGUAACACUGUGUAUGUACACUGUAAGGCUGGGAGGAGGAGGAGCGCUACACUGGUGGCAUGUUAUCUGAUGCAGGUCCAUGGCUGGACACCAGAGGAAGCCCAUCUUUACAUCAAGGAGAAACGCCCACAUAUAACCCUGGCCAGGGGUCAGAGAGAGGCACUGGACAGAUACUAUACAACAGAACAUAUUGAUGAAAAGAGAUGAUGUAGAGAAAAUUAUAAAAGACUACUACCAAAGUUGCAAUUUCUAACACUAGUUUUGGACUAGUGUUGUACAUUAAAGUCCAACACAAAAUUUGGACUAGUCUUGUUUUGUCGAUGAAGGUUAGACAUCCAGGUAAUACGAU